AUGACGAAAACAGAGCAGCAUCAGGACUUUCAGCAACCACAACAGCGCCAGCAUAAACGCUCCCCCUUGGUGACAAAAACGCACCAACGAAAGCCUUCUAUCACUUCAGCAUCCACUCAUCACCGCAUUCCAGACAAAAGCACUCAAGCAUCUACUUCAUUGGCAUCUCUUUCCUCCUUCACCAUGUCACGCUCUUGGCAAAAAUAUACCAGUCGACUCUCAUUGCAACUCGAUGCAUUUCUCAAUCCUUCAGGGCCUCUACUUCCUCACGAGCAACAAGGCGCUUCAAAGUCUUGGGUGGCCAAGCUGACUCGUUCACGACUUGCUCGCUUGUUGUUAUUGUUUUAUGCUAUGUUUUCUGUCAUGCUUUCGUUCAGCCAACUUUGGGGAUGGUAUUUCUCAAGUACACCACCGCUCGAUCCACGAUUUGGUGUCGCGUGGCAACCAGCUCGCACGUAUGAUUCUGAUCAAUCUUACUCAGUGAUGGAUAAUAUGACUACGGGCCUCAAGAUGUCCAAAUUGUUCUCAAAAUCGCAUUAUGAUGCUGUUCGGAUGACGGAGCCUUACUGGUUAAAAGGAUCGGAAGCCAUUGAUCCUAGAGAUGUCACAUUGACGACUGCCGUUACACUGGAUACGUGGGCUGAGCUUGAGCGUAUAGCGGAGCGUUGGCAAGGUCCGAUAUCUGCCACGCUUCAUAUCGAUCAUCAAGUGGGACGAGAUCAAUUGCAACGUAUUCGAGAUGCUUAUACAACAACAAGUCGAGUCAACAAUCUAAAGCUGCGAGCCGAUAUCCAUCUUGUGCGUUCAGCUGAAAGUAAUCCACCUACAGUGUUGCUCUCACGCAAUGUCGAACGCAACGUGGCACGACUUUUUGCCCGAACCGAAUUUGUGUGUGAGAUGCCAAGUAAUUUGGUACCGGCUACCGAUCUACGACGUACCUUUGAUGCCAAUCGCAAUAUUUUCGAGACACUUUUACGUGAAGGCGACAUGCUUGUGGUGCCUAUAUUUGGAUUCAAUCAUCAAGAUGAACGUGAAGCAUUCACCAUCCCAUAUCACAAGGAAAGAUUAUUGGAGAGCAUCAACAAAAACGAGAUGGGACUUGUGGAUCCACAUUGGGAGAUAAAUCAGGGACCCACAGAUUUGGAUCGAUGGCGUGAGUCUACUUCUCUAUAUGCUGUGGAGCACUACCAUUAUGAUUAUGAGCCUAUUGUGAUUGCAAGCAAGACCGUUCAACCAUGGUGUGCUGAGAGGUUUCUGGAUAGGCGAUCAGCAUGUUUGUUAUCCAAUUAUCUUGCGGGCGGUGAGUUUUGGGUGCUGCCAGACGACUUUGUGGUUCAGCUACCAGCAAGUGGAGAAAGCCAAUUGAGUGAUUUUGAGCGUGUGAUUGAGAACCGAGUUUAUGCCAAGUUUUACUGGGAACAAUGUGUACACCAUGCAAGACAAUUGGAUGCACUCGGACUAUGGAAGAAUGCUCGUUCAGAGCAUGUGCGUAAACAGUGUUCACGAGUAAUCCAAAAUUGGGGCAAGGGUCUUAUAGGAAAACCAGAGUAG